AUGAAACUGCUGUUAAUACUACAACAACAACAACUACUACUAGUACUACUACUACUACUACUGCAGUACAACUCUGCCCAGGAGUAUCAUAGGGAAGUGUACGUCACGGCGUGUUCAGACGCAGACAGAGCGGACAUGUACACACUGGAUGGAGAAGUGAUGUUCUACUCAGACUUUGACAAACAGGUGGAGGUCUACACCCUGCCAGAGUUUGCAGAUCCGGUCAAAUGCCCCGGGUCACAUGAUUUGGCUGUGAUUAAUCAAGGCGUGUGUCAGGGUAACCUGCAGAGCGCCCGGAAAGCCACGAAGGACGUCCCCCCGGAGCUCGACCCCCCCGGGGCCCCCCUGCUCUACCCCGAGGACCACCUGAGGCCCUCUCACCCCAACACUCUGGUGUGUCAGGCCUCGGGGUUCUACCCCGCUCCUGUCCACUUCUCCUGGACCAAAGAUGGACACAACAUGACCCGCUCUGCCUCUGUGUCCCAGGCCUAUCCUCAGAGCGAUGGGACCUUCACACAGUUCUCCAGACUGGACAUGUCCCCAGAGGAGGGACAAGUGUACAGCUGUGCACUGGAGCACCCCGCCCUGAAGGGGGCGCAGAGGAGCAGGCUCUGGACGGUGGAGUUCCUGAGGCCCUCUCUAGCGCCCUCUGUCUUCUGUGCUGUGGGACUGAGUCUGGGGCUGGUGGGCGUGGCCGUAGGGACCUUUUUCCUGGUCAAAGGGAGACAGUGCUGCUGUGAUGGACAACCCACUUUUUCAUAGAGAAAACAGAAAACAGUGAUGGUUUAAAUCCAUCACUUGUAAUAAAACAAAGGGCAAAGUGAAAGAGUGGAACCUAACAGUUUCAAAGCAGAGACUGAAAUCUGCACUUACACAUCUCCAUAAUCCAGUACAUACACCACAUCCACAUAAUCCAGUACAUACACCACAUCCACAUAAUCCAGUACAUACACCACAUCCACAUAAUCCAGUACAUACAACACAUCCACAUAAUCCAGUACAUACACCACAUAAUCCAGUACAUACACCACAUCCACAUAAUCCAGUACAUACACCACAUCCACAUAAUCCAGUACAUACACCACAUCCACAUAAUCCAGUACAUACACCACAUCCACAUAAUCCAGUACAUACACCACAUCCACAUAAUCCAGUACAUACAACACAUCCACAUAAUCCAGUACAUACACCACAUCCCCAUAAUCCAGUACAUACAACACAUCCACAUAAUCCAGUACAUACACCACAUCCACAUAAUCCAGUACAUACACCACAUCCACAUAAUCCAGCACAGAGCCCCUGGCCUCGAGCCCCUCCUACUGUGUGCCUCUUCCCUUUUCUCUCUCUUCCUCUCCCUCGGCCCCUUCAGUGUGCCCACAGCUGGUGUUGAUUGACAGCCCUGCUCUACAUGCGAUUGGAGGGACGAUCAAGGCUUGGCCAAUCGUCGCCCUACACCUGUGGCCGCUCCAGUUUAAAGGGACCCGCCUCCUGCUACUCCUGGCUGCCAGAUUCUGUCUGUGAAUCGGCAUGCCAUUGGAUUUGAUUUUGUACUUUACUCUUAGAGCCUCCCUUUGUUGACUUUAUGUUUUUUUUGUAUUGAAAUCUUAA